AUGGCAAAUCACUCUCCGGACGGCGUGGUUAACAACUACAAAGAUGUCGAAGGAAGAGGUGCAAAUACAACCCUCACUUUCGUUGAUGAUCAUCCUAUUAUCGCUGACAAGCUGGCUCGAAAGCUCUCGGCGCGGCAGGUUCAGAUGAUAGCUCUUGGUGGAACAAUCGGGACAGGCCUCUUCCUCGGGACAGGAAAAUCCCUUGCAACUGGUGGUCCAGCAUCAAUGCUCAUUGCAUACUUCAUCGUUGGAGCAAUUGUAUUUCUCACUAUGCUUGCGCUGGGAGAAAUGGCUGCGCAUGUCCCAAUAGCCGGAUCUUUCUGUACAUUUGCGGGGCGCUAUGUGGAUGACGCUUUGGGAUUUGCGUUGACAUGGAAUUAUUGGUUCAAUGAUGCUGUUUCUACAGCUGCGGAUUUGGUAGCACUCCAGUUGGUGUUUGCUUAUUGGGAUACGAAUAUGCCAGGAUGGGCGUUGAGUCUCAUAUUUUGGGCGUUCCUUAUAUUGGCCAACAUCAUCACUGUGAAAGCGUAUGGGGAGCUUGAAUAUUGGUUGAGUCUCUUGAAAAUCAUUACAAUUACUAUCUUCAUCAUCUUGGGUAUCGUCGUCAACUGCGGUGCCAGUACAUCCCACACCUACAUUGGAGCAAAGUACUGGUAUAUCGGGGACGCGCCCUUUGUUGGUGGAAUCGGGGGUUUCGCAUCUGUGUUCGUCACUGCGUCUUUCGCAUACGGUGGCACCGAGUCUAUUGCCAUCACAGCAGGCGAGACUAAAAACCCAACCAAAAACCUCCCCCGCGUCGUCAAGAACGUUUUCUGGCGUAUCCUACUAUUUUACAUCCUCUCGGUCCUUCUAAUUGGCCUCAAUGUCCCGUACAAUACCCCGGGCCUCUCCACGAAAAAAGCCUCGACCUCUCCCUUUACCAUCGUCUUCCAAAUGGUGGGCGCUAAAGCUGCCGGAAGCUUCAUCAACGCAGUCAUCAUGACCAGUGUUAUUUCCGCUGGAAACCACGCGCUAUUUGCUGGGACAAGGUUGCUAUACACUCUUUCAGUGGAUUCGCAUGCGCCAAAGAUUUUCGGGAAGUUGAAUCGAAACCGCGUUCCAUGGAUUGCCGUUCUUGCCACUAGUUUGAUUAGUGGUCUCUGCUUUGGAGCGAGCUUUAUCGGUGCCGGACAGCUCUGGACAUGGCUCCAGAAUCUCGUGGGGGUAUCAAAUCAACUUGCUUGGCUGGCCAUUUCGGUGACAUCUUUACGCUUCCGCGCCGCCAUAAAACUCCAGGGAAGAGAACAUGAACUGCCUUUCAAAAACUGGACAUAUCCUUGGGGACCAAUACUCGCAAUCGUGUUAAACACGGUGAUUAUCUUGGUUCAGGGGUGGAGUUCGUUCAGUCCCAAGUUCAGCGGCGUGGAUUUUGUGAGCUACUACAUAGAGUUGCCAAUCAUGUUACUCAUGUAUGUUGGAUGGAAGUUGUUGAAGAGAACGAAGCUGGUAAGAUUGGAAGAUAUGGAUUUAGAAACUGAUGUGCAUAGAAUUGGGGACGAGGAUCUGCGAGAAGAGGAAAAUAAUAAGGGUCUCAAAGGCAAGAUCAGGAUGGUCUUGAGAUGGAUAUUCUAA